AGCUGGAAAGAGUGUUUUUGAGUAACAAUGACUAAUGGCAGUGGAUUGAAAAUGUAUUGUUUAAGUUCAUCAAGUUCUAUGCCUAUAUAUAGUAUAUCCUUUGGCAGAAAGACCAGUUCUUAUCCUUAAUUUAUGUCCUUGAUGAUAUUUGGAGUUUAUUUCAUAUAUAUUCCGCACCAUUCCUAAUUUUGAUUUGUAUCACAGUGAGCUGAGUUUCUUACAGCAGUACAAUUUACACACAGCUUUAGUUAGGAGUUUUAAGAAAGAAAUUUAAAUAUAUUUCGUUGAAAGAUUUAUUAAAAAGAAAGAACCAUGGAAUUUCCCAUACCGGAGGCUCAGUACUGGGACGUUUCGAAGAAAUCCCAAAAAGAUCGUCAGAUGAUUCGUAAAUUCGUGCCCGAGGCGGUCGACCUGGCCAUCAUAAGUCGUGCAGAGAUCUACAGGAUUGACACAUUCUAUUUGGAGUGCCAGAAGUACCGCGAUCACUAUCGUGACCCCUACGGCAAGGUUCACUGUCCGCCGUUCUUCCACCUGCACAAGGGCAAGUGCGGAAUCAAGCUGGACCAGAGCGUCAUCAAGAUGACACAGGCGAUUGCCGCAACUGUGGACCGGCAGCCCAUAGUGUUUCCCCUGAUUCCGAACAAGAGCAUGUUUUUGGGUGGUAGCAUUCCCAUGGGGUCACAAACAUCCCAGGUUGGCGUCACUAGCUAUCUGAGAUGAAGAAAGUAUAACUUUUUGAUAGCCAAUGUAUCAGAGCUAGAGUACAAAAAUCUUUCGAGCAAGAAGAUAUAACUAUCUGUUAGAUACAUCCAAAUAUACAAUAGCUUGUUGCAAA